UAAUAUUUCCUCUUGCAGGAUUCCCAUUUUCAAAUAGAAGCAGCGGUUGUCAGAGUCGAAGACCAAACCCUAGCACACGUCUACAAUGUCGGACUCCGAUCCUGCUCCGCCUCCAUCUCCUCCAGCGUCCGCCGCCGCUACACUCUCACCGACCACUAAAAAGCAGGACGAUUUGCUGCCCGUCGCUGCUAAAGUUGCGGAAUUGAACGAAUCACAGUCAGAGUUGUUGGCAAGGAUUCAAGGUUUGAAACAGGAUUUGCAAAGCUGGAGAACGAAGCUAGAUACACAAGUGAAAACCUACAAGGAUGAGCUAUCAGAGCUGAAGAGUAGACUGAAUACUGACGUUGAACUAUUGAGAUCUGAUUUCAAAGAUUUGAAGAUAACUCUUCAGAAGCAACAAGAGGAAGUCACCGCCAGCCUAAAAAAUUUAGGGUUGAACGAAGAUGCUGAAAGUCAAGCCAUAAGUGAUGGGAAUAAUAAGGAUGGUGAGGAGAAACCCAAAGAUUCAUCACAAGAUGGUUCCGAGGAAAUAAAACCUUCAGAUGAUGCUACCGACAAUCCACCCGAAGGAAAAUGAUGCAUCAUAGAUGAGACUUUGGAGUUGCUAUAAGCAUUUGCAAUUGCAAGGGAUGAAGUGAAGUUGUAUCAACUCUAAAUGGAAAAGGAUGGUUGUGUGUGUGGAGAAACUGUUUUUUUUUUAAAUCCACAACAGGAAUGUUGUUAUGCUUCAAAUAUUUUGUUUUUCAUCCACUUUCUUCCUUGCAUCUUGUGUUUGAUAAA